AAACACCUGUAUUAUAUAUCCUCUCAUUUAUUACAACUCCAUAGUUAUUAUAUUUCACGUCUGUUUUCGUGUUUAUUUGAUCUAGGCAAUGAUGAAGAGGUGUAGAGAAGGAUCUGCAGACGUGGAGGACGUAUCGAGCAUGGCGAAUUGCUUGAUGCUGUUGUCCGGUGAUCGGGCGGCAGCGGCAGCGGCAGCAGGAGGAGGAGUAUUCACCCGCGUUUUUGAGUGCAAGACAUGCAACAGGCAGUUCCCGUCGUUCCAGGCGUUGGGCGGCCACCGCGCCAGCCACAAGAAGCCGAGGCUGCAGGCUGGAGGAGAUCAUCUGCUCCGGGCAUCGUCGUCUCCGCCGAAGCCCAAAACGCAUGAGUGCUCGAUUUGUGGCCUGGAAUUCGCAAUAGGGCAGGCGCUUGGAGGCCACAUGAGGAGACAUAGAGCAGCCAUGAAUGAUCAGAACCAGCAGUCGCGGUCGCCGCCACUGCCGUCGUCGGUCUUGUCUCUGUCUCCUCCACUAAUUGUGAAGAAAUCAAAAAGCACGAGAGUUUUGUGUCUUGAUCUGAACUUGACUCCCUCGGAGAACAAGUUUCUGUUCGGGAAGGUUGCUGCUCCGGCGGUUGAUUGCUUUUUCUGAUCAUCCAUUACUCUUUAAUUUCGUGUCUUCAUUUUUUGGUUUUCUAUGGAUUUAUUCAUUUGUUAAUUAGCAAUAAGAACCUCAAAAAGCCCAGUAUGCAUCAUAUGCAUUGUACAAUAGAUAUGAUUUACUAUUUGAUAUAGGGAAAAAAUUCUAGCUCCCCUCCUCACAGUUCACACACUAUAUAUAAAGAAAAGGCGAAAUUGCAAAAUUGAUCCUGCA